AUGGUGGUGGUUAUUGGAGGUGGUGGAGAUGGUGGUGGUUAUUGGAGGUGGUGGAGAUGGAGGUGGGAAUUGGAGGUGGUGGAGAUGGAGGUGGGAAUUGGAGGUGGUGGAGAUGGUGGUGGAGGUGGUUAUUGGAGGUGGUGGAGAUGGUGGUGGAGGUGGUUAUUGGAGGUGGUGGAGAUGGUGGUGGAGGUGGUUAUUGGUGGUGGAGGUGGUGGAGGGGGUGGUAGUGGCGGCUGGUGGGGAGUGCCGGCGGAGCUGGUGGAGGGGCGAGGCGGCAGUGGGCACUGCCGAGGGCAGUGGGGAGUACUGAGGGCAGUGGAGUGGAGUGGAAAGCAGUGGAGUAGUAGUGAGGGCAGUGCAGUGGAGUGCAGUGGAGUGGUAGUGAGGGCAGUGGAGUGGAGUGGAGUGGAGUGGAGUGUUAGGGGCAGUGUUAGAGGGACUAUUUCGAGGGGACUGUUCUUUAGUGGGGACUCUUUAGAGCGGACUAUUUAG